AUGUUCAAGCUGUUCGUCCUCCUCGCCGUGGUCGUCGUGGCCGCCGCCAUGCCAGGCUUCCUCGGAGGCGCCGGAUACGGAGGUGGAUUUGGUGGAUACGGAGGAAGUGGAUACGGAGGGGGAAGCUUCGGUGGAUUCAGCGGCGGAUACGGAGGCGGAUUCGGUGGAUAUGGGGGCGGUUUCGGUGGAUUCAGCGGUGGAUUCGGGGGACACAGGGGAGGUUCGGAGAGUUUCGAAGUUUUAUUCACGACACGAACUUUGCUCGAGACUGUACAAGACAGCUAA